CACGGCGCGGCGGCACCGCCUCCCCUCCUGAGCGCCGCUCUCACCCUGGGCCUGGUGCGGCAGCGCGGUUCUGGUGCUUUGCUCGUCCCUGUUGGCGGUGUCGGCGUCUCUUUACAGGAGUUUGGCCUGGCAGGCCGGAGGUUACCCGGAGGAUAGGGUCCCUACAGCACCCAGUGCUGCCGAGCUGAGCUUUGCCCGUGAGGAGCCAGAUUCGCGGUGUGCUGCUCCCUUAAAGGGCUGUUAACAUGCGCUUAGAGAGCGGCUUUGCAUCACUUGCUCAAAACCCGUCAGUUGGGGUUCUUGGAGCGCUUUUGGUGCUCGUUUUUUGUGCUUCUUGUAACCCAUGGACAUCUUCAGUUUUGUUCAUAAACAGUAAGCUAAUAAUCCAGAAUUAGUCAGGAUGAUGACUAUAUCAUUGAGUUGGGAUAAUCAGAUCUUCAGAAAGAAGGAAUGCAGGAUGCUAGCCUCGAGAUCACCUGCAGACCUGUUUUUAAAGGACUUAAAGUGUUUAUGAAACUUGUUUCAAUUUUGAGGCAGUGCAGUUAGUCAUGGGAAGACACGUGAGCUCAAAUCUUUAUUCUGUUUUUAAGCUUUUCAUGUUUGUGUAUGACUGUCAAUGAAUGGUUCGGUGAAGAGAAACUUACAAGGAAAUAUUAAUGAAAAAUGUAUUGUCAAAUGUUAUCGUCAACCAUGGUGCUUUAAAAAUGUGUUGAUAGGCUUUUUAAGCUCUAAAAGGCUCAUAAAACCUGUAUUACAUAUGAAUGUUUCAGAAAAUGUUAAUGGUUCUAUUUCAGAUAUGACUAAAUGUUUCCUUAAUGAAAUAUCAGGUACUGUUGCAGUAAUUACUUCUGAUGGAAGAAUGAUUGUGGGAACACUCAAAGGUUUUGAUCAGACCAUAAACUUGAUUCUGGAUGAAAGCCAUGAACGAGUGUUCAGUUCUUCACAAGGAGUUGAGCAAGUGGUGCUGGGCUUAUACAUUGUAAGAGGUGACAAUGUUGCUGUGAUUGGUGAAAUUGACGAAGAGACAGAUUCAGCUCUUGACUUGGGGAAUAUUCGAGCAGAACCUUUAAACUCAGUUGUGCACUGAAAAGAUGAAAAUGCACAGGGACUUUGUAAAUCUUUGGUUGUACAGCCCUAUUUAGCAAUGUGGACAGUUUCUACAAAUUGUGUUUAAUUUGUUUAGUCACCAUUUUUUUAUUAUGAAUAUGGUGUAGCUUUGCAUGUAAAUUAAAGUUUCUACAUUUUGCUAAAGAUA